AUGCAAGUUGCAUUUGCCCAGUCAAAUCUGGCAGGACGUGCCAAGACUUGGGCACUGGGGCUCAAGCUGCACGACCCAUAUGCGUUUGGGUCGUUGGAAGUCUUCAAGUCGCGGCUCAGACAAACGUUUGAAACGCCUAGAGCUGAGUUCAGGGCUCGAACCGAACUCUUGAAGCUCAAGCAGGGUAAGCGUGAUGUGCACGCUUACGCUCAACACAUACGACAUCUUACGAGUUGUAUAAGUUCCAAUCCAGUGGAUGAACACACGUUGGUUUCGGUGUUCAUGCAGGGUCUUGCGGAUGGUCCCGUCAAGACUCACCUGUUCCGGCUUGAACUAGAUUCACUAGAACAAGCCAUUUCCAUUGCGGAGCAGGAAGACUUCAGUCUGAGACAGGCUCGCGCCAGCUCGACAUCAUAUCGUCAACCGAGACGAUAUGACAACGGAGGUCCAGAGCCGAUGGAACUCUGUUAUGUAGAGAGCGAGAAGGUUCGCUCUACAGGCUACAAGAAGUUGCAGAGAUGCAACAGAUGUCAGAAGACAGGACACUACGCUUGCGAGUGUAGUGCCCCUCGUCCAGUGUCUCGCGACACUCGGCGUAGUGACCGUCCACCCAUGAGAAAGGGGCAGGGACGAGGGUCCGCAGUUGGUGCAAAGACGCAACGAAGGGAUGGACCGUAA